AUGCAUCAUAUACGACAAGAUAGAUUUUUCAAUUUAUUACCUGGUGUUACAGAUGAACAAUUUAAAAAUAGUCAAUUUCUUAAACUUUAUGAUCAAACAGAAAGAUGUCCGUCGUGUAGUUCAGUGAUUAAUUCAUUACUUACUUUACAAGUUAUUAAUAAUCGUUCACAUCCAAUUUUAAGAUCAAUAAAAAAUGAACCGGAUGCGUAUGAUACUAUUAAAGUAUAUACUUCGAACUUCGAUUUUGGUUCCAUGAAAUUUUACAAAUAUGUCAAUGAACAAUUGAUGAACGAUGACAAGAAAAUAUUAGCAAAUCUAAUACCAUUUAUUCGUCGAGCUACUAAUCAAAUAAAUCAUAAUAGUACUACUGAAGAUUGUAUUCUGUAUCGUGGCAUGCAUUUGAAUGAUCAACAACGUCAAUUUUUUACCAUUGGAAAAUUCUUUCGAUUUCCAGGUUUUACUACAACAACAGAAAACAUAGAAGUAGCUCGAAGUUUCGGUAAUACUCUAUUUGAGAUACAUAUCCUGGCACCAUGUCAUCAAGUAAUAAAUGUGACUAAUAUUUCGUAUUAUGAAGAAGAGAGAGAAUGGCUAUUUUCUCCAUAUUCACGUUUUCAAGUUACAGGAAAAAAAGAUGAAUUCAUUAUUUUACAAUCAGUCGAUAAUUUACUUGAUAUUGAUGAGAAUUCUUCAGACAAUAAUGAAGAUAAAUAUUCAAGCGAUACUGAUGAAACUGAUUUCGUUGACAGUGAAAUUAGUGAAACUAGAGAAAUAACAUCUCAAAACGAUGACGAAGACAAUACUGAUUCGAAUGAUGAUGAAGAUGAUCUCAUUAAUGGUACCACUAGUCAAUCUUCAGAUCAAAGUGAAAGUAACGAUGAUACACAAAAUUCCUCGGAUGGCAAUAGUGUAAAAUCUUCUGACGAUUCUGAAACAGAUUAUUCAAGUGAUGAAGAUAGAGAAUUUUAA